AGGCGAGACAGACUUCUGAUUAUUUAGUAGCCUAGCCUAGCCGAAACUGCGUGUCAUAAAGCGACGACGGGCUUAGCAGUGCUUCCCGCGUUUAGAUUCUCGAGGGAGGAAGUGACGCGGUAGCAUCGAUGGUGAGACGUGAUAGCAGGGAGAGAGCGACGCACAAACAGCGAGGGAUAGACACGACUGCAGCAAGGGACUGAAGCUAGUCGCCGAGGGAGGGACGCGAUAGAAGCGACCUCGUGACGCGAAUCGACCUCGUGACGCGGUAGAAACUACCUCGUGACGCGAUAGAAGCGACCUUGAGACGCGAUAGCACGGAGGGGGAGAGGCGAAAGCAGGGAGGGAGUUGAAUCGAUAGCAGGGAGGGAGUGGCGCGAGCAUCGAGGGCAGGGGAUGGAGAGCGGCAUGAGCGCGUGGGAGAGAGAGUGGCGUGAGCGCGCGGGAGGGUGAGCGGCGUGAGCGCGCGGGAGGGAGAGCGGCGUGAGCGCGCGGGAGGGAGAGCGGCGCGAGCGCGCGGGAGGGAGAGCGGCGUGAGCGCGCGGGAGGGAGAGCGGCGUGAGCGCGCGGGAGGGAGAGCGGCGUGAGUCCGCGGGAGGGAGAGCGGCGUGAGCGCGCGGGAGAGAGAGCGGCGUGAGCGCGCGGGAGGGAGAGCGGCGUGAGCGCGCGGGAGGGAGAGCGGCAUGAGCGAGCGGGAGAGAGAGCGGCGUGAGCGCGCGGGAGAGAGAGCGGCGUGAGCACGCGGGAGAGAGAGCGGCAUGAGCGAGCGGGAGAGAGAGCGGCGUGAGCGCGCGGGAGGGAGAGCGGCGUGAGCGCGUGGGAGGGAGAGCGGCGUGAGCGCGCGGGAGGGAGAGCGGCAUGAGCGAGCGGGAGAGAGAGCGGCGUGACCGCGCGGGAGAGAGAGCGGCGUGAGCGCGCGGGAGAGAGAGCGGCAUGAGCGAGCAGGAGAGUGAGCGGCAUGAGCGAGUGGGAGAGAGAGCGGCGUGAGCGCGCGGGAGAGAGAGCGGCAUGACCGAGUUGGAGAGAGAGCGGCGUGAGCGCGCGGCAGGGACAGCAGCGUGAGCGCGCGGGAGGGAGAGCAGGGGCAGGGUGAGGGGAAAGGGGAAAGGAGUGAGAGUAAGGGCAGGGGUGAGGGAGAAGAGUGAGAGCAGGCGCGGGGGAAGGCAUGAGAGCGGGGGAAGGGAGAAGGGUGAGAGCAGGGGAAAUGGAGAGGAGUGAGAACAGGGGAGGGGGAGAGGAGUGAGAGCAGGGGAAGGGAGAAGAGUGAGAGCAGGGGAAAUGGAGAGGAGUGAGAGCAGGGGAAGGGAGAAGAGGGAGAGGAGCGAGAGCAGGGGAAGGGAGAAGAGUGAGAGCAGGGGAAGGGAGAAGAGUGAGAGCAGGGGAAGGGAGAAGAGUGAGAGCAGGGGAAGGGAGAAGAGUGAGAGCAGGGGAAGGGAGAAGAGUGAGAGCAGGGGAAGCAUCGAGGGUGAGAGCAGGGGAAGGGGAGAGCCCAGGCACGGGAUUGUGGGCAGGUGAGUCAGGGCAGGUGAGUGUGGGGAGGAGAGUGGCACAAUCACAGCCCAAUCUCUGUCCUGGCAUGUACGGUAUGUCCCUUGCAACCCUCACCAUAUAUCUUUGCCCUAAAGCUGCUAUGCCCAUUAGUCCCUGCCCGCGCAUCUCUGCCCUCCCCACUUCUGCCCUUGUAGUGACGGCCGCUGCUUCAUCCACUAGCUGGCCUGGAGCUGCCAGGGGAGCUUCGGCAUAAGUUGGCUGGGUUUCUUCGCUGUAAUGCACUUCUGUUGAUUUUUGCAAGCUUGGUCACCCAUAUUUGCUGAACUUGAUAUGUAUGUUAAGCGCAUAGUCGUACACGGUAGUAUACAAUGCUAGUUGCACAUGCAAUGUGUUCCACAAUACCAGCCCAAUACCAACCUACCUAUUUCUGUGUGAAGACAUCAACCCCCACAACAACUAUGUAGACAUGUAAAGCUCCUCCCCUCUCUCUGCAUCGUCCUAUCUCUCUCUGCAUCUCCCCCUCUCUUUCUCGGCAUCCCCAAUUCUCUCUCUGGCGUUUCCCCCCCCUCUCUCUCUCUGCAUCUCCUCUUCUCUCUGCAUCCAUCUCUCUCUGCAUCUCCCCCUCUCUCUCUGAUCUCCCAGUGCUCUCUCUACACAUCUCCCUCUCUCUCUCGUUGCAUCCCCCCUCCAUCUCUCUCUCUCUCAGCAUCUCCCCGUAUCCCUCGCUCACUGCUUCUCCCUCCCUCCCUCCCUCUGAUUCUCCCUCUCUCUCUGCACCUUCCUCUCUGUGUGUUCUUUCUACGUCGGGAAACAGGUGCUGGGCAGUCACAUUCCCGCAGCCUGGCAGUUGGCAUACCGCAAGCCUGCACGUGAUGGCCUGGUCGGACCUGCAAAUCGUCCCAAUCUUCAGGCCGCCCUCUGCAUCUUCCCCCGUUGCUGUGCCCUUGCGCAGUCGCUGCCGUGCGCUAUCAUGCGCUCGGGUUAAACGCCCUAGCUAGAGUGGCGCUGCCAGCCGUCUAUCAUUCCGUGAUUUCAGUUGGUUGGAUCGCUUCGCGCCUCGUUGACGCUAAAUACCCCAGAUAGAGUUUUAUGACACCAAUUCGCGAUCCUCCCGUAUUAGACCUACGCUGGGUUUUUUUUUCUUCUUAGUAUCCGCACGACCUUUUCAUCUAGUCUCUAGUAAGCUGCGUUCGAGUUAAAUAUCUAGGCUAUCAUAAGUCUCAAU